AUGAUCGAAGCUGGGCAGACGCUACUCGGCCCGGGCUGGACGGCCGUGGAGCACUUUGACGAUAUCGACGACGACGAGUACGAGGAGGAGGAGGAGGGCUUGGAUACCCCGCAACCCUUCCUGAAGAUCGGCGACCACAUCUUUGUCGGCGCGGUCACCCCGCUGAUCGGCGACGAGGUUGUGUUUGACGUUAUCAGACAUGAUCCGCAGAAGCCUCAGCACCGACCAGUCCUAACGACGCACUCGCGCGUCAGCAUGCGCGAGGUCACACUCAUCCCGAAGGUCGCGCCGGCCGAGCAGACCCUUCCCGAGUUAAACCACGGCAUGUUCCCGCAACGCGUGCCGGGCGAGGAAGGCACGCCGGCGCGUACGCCGAAGAAGAAGGCCGAGAAGGAGACACCGGCGAGGCGCAAGUCGACCCGCGUCGUUGCUACGCCCGCGAACGAGACGCCGUUGGCUGGCAGCACCGCUGCAUCGACACCUGCCGCCUCGGGAUCUGGCACACCAGCGACUGAGACGAAGAAGGGCCGUCCCCGCGGCCGCUACACUCGUGUUAGCUUGCCCAUCUCCACGAUGGAGGACCUGAUGAACAUCCAGCUCGCUGGUGGACUGGGCGAUGUGCGACUCGAGAUUGCACCCGACGCCACCCCCGAGCUGCUUGCGCAGAUCUCGGCCAUCCGCGCCAAGCCAACACGGCCUGGCGACAAGCUCACCAAGCCUCAGGAGGACCGCCUCAUCCGCGGCCUGCCCGCUACUGGACCCGGCAGUCGCGGCGGCCGCGGAUCGCGCGGUCGUCGAGGAACACGCGGUCGUCGGGAUACGCUGUUUGCAGAGGCGGAGGAUGAAGGCGAGGAGGAAGGUGACAAGGAUGAGGGCGCGGAGGCCGAAGUGGCUGGAUCGUCGACGCCGGCCGAGUGGCCUGCUUCCUCCUCCGCUGGGCCCUCAACUCGGCAGACCAGGGCAUCCAAACAUGUUGAAGCUGGAGGCAACGGCGAGGGCGGGGAGAAGAGCGCGGAGGCUGUUGAUAACGAAGGGGACGUCACUAUGGCGGACGGACCCGCCGAGUCUGAAGACGAGCUGCGCGAGAUCGACGACGACGACAUGCAGGCGCUCCGGAAAGACUAG